UUACAUACAAAUUCAUCAGGAUGUCGUGUUAGUUUUACCUUCAGGAUAUAUUUCAAGGUUUUGCUUCAUCUCCACUGCUUUUUUUUUUUUUUUAACCAGUACAAAGUUAAACACAUCCAGAUUUAUUUACACAAAGCUAAAGAAAUUUGGGUUCUAUUUCCAUUUUGUGUAAUUUUAUUCUGGGAUCUGGCUUUGUUGUGUAGCUGACAUAGGUCAUUGAAACUUGAUUAUCCCACCUCACAUGCAAUUUUUUGUCACAAGGGAACAGAAGACUUGGGUAUUUAGCGCACAUACAAUAAUGAUCUUAAUACUUUUGCAAUUUAGUAGGAAGGCAGCUGUCCCACAGCUUGGCAAGGGGACAGAGAAGUUACAGAUUUUAAGCAGAUUAUGCCUUGACUCUUUUUUUAAAAAAUUAUUUUCUUUAUUUAUUUUGGCUGCAGUAGGUCUUAGUUACGGUACAUGGGAUCUUCCUUGAGGUAUGCAGGAUCUUUCAUUGCGGCACACGGGCUCUUCGUUGCGGUGCGUGGGCUUCUCUCUAGUUGUGGCGCGCGAGCUUUUCUUUCUCGUGGUGCGUGGGCUCUGUAGUUUGCGGCAUGCGGGCUCUCUUGUUGAGGUGCACAAGCUCAGUCGUUGUGGCGCGCGGACUUAGUUGCCCCUGGCAUGGGGAUCUUAGUUCCCCGACUAGUGAUAGAACCCUCGUCCCCUGCAUUGGAAGGCGGAUUCUUCACCACUGGACCACCAGGGAAGUCCCUUGCCCUGACUCUUGAUAAGUUCCCAAGUACUGCAAAGAUCAAGUCUCAUUCAUUCUCUAGAGAAGUAAAAAUUGGCCUGUAUCUCCCAGGAUGUUUUGUGGACCUCUUCUAGAAUUAAAUUAAAUCAGAGGAGGAGAAGGAUUUGGGUUUUUGAAUGUACUUGUCAGCAGAGAAGGAACUAUUAUGUAGAAUUUCAAAUGAACUUCCAUUCUAUGCGAUGAAUGCUAAGAACUUUAGAUCUAAUUGAGAUCCCCUUCAUUUUUGUCAAAGUGAUUAUGGAUUAACAUAAUCUGCAAAUUGCCAUUAAGUAUUUUCAAAGACUUUGAACAAUGGCAGUGGACAAGAUUCAUGAUAAACUCACAGAUGAUGAUUUAUCGUACUGUUGGGCAUGAAUUAUCCCUGCAUCUGAUCUUGAUCAGGGUUCCCUUUUUGGGUCAGACACUCAGGAAACCCAGCUGGACAUAAAGUUAGUUGGUUCACCCUUAGUCCCUAAUCACAAUAGAGCAACCUCCUUUAUAGUUGUUGAAGGAAGUUCUUGAACAGUUGAGUUCUGGAGUCUGAGAACAGGAGUCUGGUACAAGCUCUGUGUGAUGUUACUCUGUCUACAAUAUGGACUGAAAUAGUGCUAAUGAAUAGGAUUCUGCUAUCUGUCAAACUUGAGUUGAAUAUUUACAGUAUUUAUCCCAGAUGAAAUCAUUAGGGUCAAGCCUCAUGACGGUAUCUAUUCUGGAUGAAGUCAUGGAGGUGAAGAGGACACUAGCUGUGAAAGUCUCUUUACUUGAUGGUUUAUCAGAGUAUUACAUCAGUUCCUCAGUUAUGACAUGCACCGAUUACAUCCCUCGCUCAUCCAAUGAUUAUACCUCACAAAUGUAUUCUGCAAAACCUUAUGCACAUAUCCUCUCAGUUCCUGUUUCGGAAACUGCUUACCCUGGGCAGACUCAGUAUCAGCCACUGCAGCAGUCUCAACCCUAUGCUGUCUAUCCUCAGGCAACCCAAACAUAUGGACUACCUCCUUUCGGUGCAUUGUGGCCAGGUAUGAAACCUGAAAGUGGUUUAACUCAGACUCCAUCUCCAAGUCAACACAGUGUUCUUACCUGCACUACAGGGUUAACCACAAGCCAGCCAAGCCCAGCACAUUAUUCUUAUCCCAUUCAAGCUUCAAGCACAAAUGCCAGCCUGAUAUCCACUUCAUCUACUAUUGCCAAUAUUCCAGCAGCAGCAGUGUCCAGCAUCUCAAACCAGGACUAUCCCACCUAUACUAUCCUUGGUCAAAGUCAGUACCAGGCUUGCUACCCCAGCUCCAGCUUUGGAGUCACAGGCCAGACUAACAGUGAUGCUGAGAGUACCACUUUAGCAGCAGCCACAUACCAGACGGAGAAGCCUAGUGUCAUGGUACCUGCUCCUGCAGCACAGAGACUUCCCUCUGGAGACCCUUCUACAAGCCCAUCUUUGACCCAGACUACACCAAGUAAAGAUGCUGAUGACCAGUCCAGGAAAAACAUGACUGGCAAGAACCGGGGCAAGAGGAAAGCUGAUGCCAGCUCUUCCCAGGACAGUGAAUUAGAACGGGUAUUUCUGUGGGACUUAGAUGAAACCAUCAUCAUCUUCCACUCCCUUCUUACUGGAUCCUAUGCCCAGAAGUAUGGAAAGGACCCAACAGUAGUGAUUGGCUCAGGUUUAACUAUGGAAGAAAUGAUUUUUGAAGUGGCUGACACACAUCUAUUUUUCAAUGACUUAGAGGAGUGUGACCAGGUGCAUGUGGAAGAUGUGGCUUCUGAUGACAAUGGCCAAGACUUGAGCAACUACAGUUUCUCAACAGAUGGUUUCAGUGGCUCAGGAGGUAGUGGCAGCCAUGGUUCCUCUGUGGGCGUCCAGGGAGGUGUGGACUGGAUGAGGAAACUGGCUUUCCGUUACCGAAAAGUGAGAGAAAUCUAUGAUAAGCAUAAAAGCAAUGUGGCUGGGCUCCUCAGUCCCCAGAGAAAGGAAGCACUGCAGAGACUAAGAGCAGAAAUUGAAGUUUUAACAGAUUCCUGGUUAGGAACUGCAUUGAAGUCCUUACUUCUCAUCCAGUCCAGAAAGAAUUGUGUGAAUGUUCUGAUCACUACAACCCAACUGGUUCCAGCUCUGGCCAAGGUUCUCCUAUAUGGGCUAGGAGAAAUAUUUCCUAUUGAAAACAUCUACAGUGCUACCAAAAUUGGUAAAGAGAGCUGCUUCGAGAGAAUUGUGUCAAGGUUUGGAAAGAAAGUCACAUACGUAGUGAUUGGAGAUGGACGGGAUGAAGAAAUCGCAGCCAAACAGCACAACAUGCCCUUCUGGAGGAUCACAAACCACGGAGACCUGGUGUCCCUCCACCAGGCUUUGGAGCUUGAUUUUCUUUAAGAACUGGAAUGAAGAGCCUUCCCCGCGAGCUCCUUUUCACUCCUGAAAGGAGCUAGAGACCGGAACCAACUGGGAACUCUUUCUCCCUGGAAUGCUGGCGAGAACACAAUCAAAACCAACAGCUGCAAGAGAUGAAGCUUAUUUUUGCUAAGAGUGAGCUGCAGCCCCGUGUUCAUCCUCACAUAGGAGGGGAAGACAGUUGGAUUGAGAGAACAAUAGACUCAUCGCAGCUACAGUGCUUUUAACUCUUCUGGGUUUUGUUUUGUUUUAUUUUGUGUCAAAAUAAAUGAAGAAAAAGAAAAGGAAAUUCUUGGGGCAGAGUUGCACUCUGCGUCCGUGACCAGAUUGAGAACUGCCGUUAACUUGUGGUGAUAGGAUAAACGCAGCAGACUUUUAUAAUAACAUCUCUUGCAGUCUUUGUAAUCUCCUUAGCUGUAGAACAUAUUCCCAGUGAAUGUAUGUUAUUUUUAUAGGUAAGGGUCUGGUCUCUGAAGCAGGUUCCCGCCCUCUUUCUAGCAAGAAAGGGGUCUGUAAAGUUUCCUUGGAAACUCGUAACUGAACUAUCUGAGAUACCUCUCUGUGACGGUAGCACCUCCUCAGCUGCCCAGCGCCCUGCUCUCUCGGGCGGUUUCCUUCCGGCUCCUCCAUCUCCUGGCUGGCUGCACUGUGGGGCAUGGACACUGAUUCACUGUAGACUUUGCUGGUUCCCAUCCUAGAAGCCUUAGUCCCCUUUCCAGUCCCUCUCCCCUUUCACCAAACGGCACAACCCUAGAAACUCCUUCUCUUAGACAGUAAAUUGUAAGCCUUCAGCUUGACUCUUAGUCAAAGGGUAUGUCCCAAGGGGCUUACCUCCAAACUGGAGAGAAGAACUAAGGCUUCUUAGGAAUUUCCACUUCUUUGGCUCUUGAAACAAGAAGAUUCCACCUUUUCCUCCUGCAGAGAAACACCCUUCCCCAACACAUGUUCACCUCUACAGCGCCCUCGCCCUUCUUAGUCAUCAGUGCUGGGCUCUUGGCCCUUUCCUCCCCUCUGUACCUCAUGUCCACCCCCAUGCAGCUCUGGCCAGUCCCCAGGCUUUGGACCCAAGUAGUCAAGUCUGAGAAAAGGUUCAUAAUCGCAUUUUGGCCAAAACUACGAAGGGAUCUGACUUUCUUUGAAUCCUUUAAGCCCUGUUGAAAGGUGUUCUGUAGGUGUAUUUACCCAGAUCUCAGCCUGAAACUGAAGAACAGAUUGCCAUGAUCACAACUCAGUUUUCCCAUGGAAUAUACCCUUCCCAGUUCUCAAAUCCCCUUCUAAAAUGGGAAACCAGAAGGCCAGAAACACUUUCCUGAUUUAAAUGAGGUUGUAGACCCCCUACUCCAUGCCUGAAAACUCAAUCUUGGGCCCAAUGCAGGAACAUCUCUCAACCUGACUUCUGGGAGGAUCGGUGGGUGCCCAGGCACUGGUCGCAGCCUUCAGUCCAGCUGUGUUUGUGGAUGCCCCAUCCCUCCAAGACUGGCCUGGGCAUCUGCUCAGGCAGAAUAAACUUCCGUAGAGCUGAGAAAGUUCGGCCUCUUCCAGGUUGCACAGAGAGAGGUGAUUUUAUAAGCACCUCAGAGAGGUGCAGUCUGGGUCCUUAGUAGGAGGCAUCCUUGACCAACCCCAGCUAUAAAUGCUUGUACUCAGAGAUUCUGCAUAUCCAUUUUCAGAGAUGUUGCAGCACAAAGGGGUCAGGUUCCUUCCAAAGCCAGGUCACCCAGAGAAAGGCUGGUAUACACACAUUCCCUCAGAACUGAUUGAGAAAGUGCUUCGUGACUCAGUUUUAGAGAAGAUGUUUUUGGAGAGGAGCUCAAGUCAGUGCUCAUUACUUAGCUGCCUCUUUGGCCUGUUUCCUUUGGACGGGAAGUACAAAGCCUGAGGCGGACCUUCUUGGUCUGAGUUCAGCAUAGUUGCCCAGAUGCUGCUCUGCCUUGCUUGGUAAUUUAUCUUAGAAUGCUCUAGGGUGGGUCUGUACUUCCAGGCCCCAAGCCCUCCCCGUACCGGCAGUAGAGCUGUUGGUUUCUUGCCCUGGACAUAGGCCACCCUGUUGGUGCUGUGCUUCAGGCUGCAGAGCGGUACCCACGUCGUGCACACAGGUCCACACACACACACUUCCCUCUCCCUGCCCGCUGGGACAAGCUCUUUAUUCCUAGAAUAUGACUUGGAGUCCCUUUGCGAUGGCCUUUUCCCUCCUGCUCUGACUGCACGGCUUAGGUCUUUGCAAAAGGAACUUGAAAUUGGCUAAGAGAGGUGAGGAAGCUCUCUGAGCAGUGCCGCCUUUGCUCUUUUCUGGUUGCUUAGAGGGUAGACAGAAAAUGGAGCUUCCUGGCUCCUCUUUGCCAAAAUGAAUUGUUCAGGGAGCCCAGUGAUCUUCUUGGAGCCUGUGUUUUCCUCUUCCCCAGCACAGAGCUCUGGAGAGGAAAAUAAGUAGGCAGCACCACGAGUUCUUGGAGGCUGAGGUCGAAAGGAUACUGUGGGUCCUUUCAUCAAGGGGGAAGCCCUCUUCACUGGAAAGAGUCCCCAUGGAAUAAGCCACAUGAUGAGUCCUUUUCCCAGCUGGGCACCGUGGGUUCUGUAAGAUGGGUCUGCACGUUUCGUGGUGAGAGCUAGGCCAUCUCUAGUAGGGAAUCGAGUUGUCAGCUGUGUCCUGGGUUUAAGAGGUGGCUUUACUUUCGAAUGUAAAACUGACUGUGCCUUAGCAUCACCCUGUCCGGUGCCCCUGGGGCAGCUGGUGGUGUCCAGGAGAGUGGAUGCCUGCUCCAGAUUCAGAUGCCUACUUGGGCUUUUAUUUGGUUUGGGGUAUUCCUGUCUUCUGCGAGUUGGGGGAGCAAAGCUAGUGUCCCAGGAGACUUGUGCCAUGGCUUGUUCGCAGUUUACAAAAUCUUGUUCGCGUUAAAGCUCCAAGCAGAAUCUGAUUGGCAAACUCCAGCUGCAGUAUAUGGAGCUUCUAGAUGUUCACUACCUUGAAUGGGUGAAUGGGUGUCGGUGCCACUGAACCGUGGGGGAGAGGAGCCGAGGGGCGGAGCCACGCUCUCCCUCUUCCUGGGAGAGCGAUGGUCUAAGCCCAGGGCUGGUGGGCUUGGGGCCUUCCUCUCCUCACUCCUGCAGGAAGGGGGCAGUUAGGACCCCUCUUAAGCAGGCUUCUGUUUCUUACCACUAAAUUGGCUUCCUUUUUCAUCCAAAAGUUGGAAUUCCCCAAAUACCCUGUAGAGGCCAAAUCUGAAUUCUGAGAUUUUGAAAUAUCUUAAACCACGAGAGAAAAUCUAGUUCUGUCCCACCUCUGAUCAGCAGGCCCUCUGUCCCUUCCUCUCCUCUGAGUCAGACAGCUCUAGCAAGCAAGGUUACUUAGCUAGUUCCUAAUGCACUGAUGGGAGCCAUCCCAUUAAGGACGACCUCUACUCCAAACAUGACCCUCUGGACUUCAGAUGCCUCAUUUAGCAGGAAAAGGCACUGAUUAGAUAUAUUUAUGUGACUGCGGGCAUUUGUGGCUGUAGAGUCCUUGACCAUAAUGUUAUAUGUAAUGGGAACUAUCUUAUAAACUUGAAAAAAUAAAGUUUUUAUUUUCUA